UGUUGAUGAUGUGAUGAUUUUGUUUGUUUUCGUGUUAUAUAGACAUGUUUAAAUGUCGACCACAGUCAGCCGAUGAAUGUCAUUUUCAAUUUCAAUUGAGCAGAAAAUUUUUUUGUGUGCGUGUUUAAAAAAAAAAUAAUAAACAACAAAGAUGCUUCGUCAUCAUAACCGUUAUCGAUUCAUGAUCGGUGCAAUUCUUCUUGUUGUACAAUGGUCAAUCCAUGUUUGUCAAUCGCAGGAAAUAUUGGAAUUUGAAAAACGUAACCAUAUUCCUGAUGAUGAAUUUGAUUUUCUUUCCGAUGAUUAUAUUGAUUUUAUCAAUAAACAAUUGAAUACAAGUUGGCGUGCUGGCCGUAAUUUUGAUUCAGAUGCAUCAAAAAUUUAUAUUCAAGGUUUAAUGGGUACAUUGCCAACACCGGAACAUUUAAAAUUACCUAAAUUAUAUCAUCGUAUCGAUGAUGAUGAACGUUUACCUGAUGAAUUUGAUUCACGUAAAAAAUGGCCAAAAUGUAAAACAAUAAAUGAAAUACGUGAUCAAGGUCCUUGUGGUUCGUGUUGGGCAUUCGGUGCUGCUGAAGCAAUGUCUGAUCGUGUUUGUAUCGGUAGUAAUGGUAGAAUCAAUGUGGAAUUAUCACCAGAAGAUUUAGUUUCGUGUUGUCAUGAUUGUGGUGCCGGUUGUAAUGGUGGUUUUCCAGCUGCAGCAUGGAGCUAUUUUGUACAUAAUGGUUUAGUUAGUGGUGGUCUUUAUGGUAAUCAUCAUACCUGUCAACCAUAUGUGUUUGCACCAUGUGAACAUCAUAUGAAAGGUAAAAGGCCACCUUGUUCGGAUAUUCAGCCAACACCAAAAUGUCAAAAUAAAUGUGACAAAUUCUAUAAUCAUACAUACAAUGAUGAUAAACAUUAUGGACGUAAAGCAUAUUCACUUACAUCGAAUCCUGAACAUAUUAUGAAAGAUAUCAUGGUCAAUGGUCCAGUUGAAGCAGAUUUCAGUGUUUAUGAGGAUUUUCUUCAAUACAAAUCCGGUGUUUAUCAAAGACAUAGCCAUAAAUUUUUAGGUGGCCAUGCAAUACGUAUAUUAGGAUGGGGUAUAGACGCUAAUAGCAAACUACCAUAUUGGCUUUGUGCCAAUUCAUGGAAUACUGAUUGGGGUGAAGCUGGUUUUUUCCGUAUGUUACGUGGCCACAAUGAAUGCGAUAUUGAAGAAGACAUUAAUGCUGGUAUUGCACGGAUUUCGAAAUUUUGAAUUUUAUUCUUUUUUGUUUCUGGCCACAAAACUCUCUAUCACACACACAAA